CGAGUUGUAACCUAGUAAACAAACCUGCAAACCAGGAAGUAAUACCAUACCUGUAAUCACCAUGUUCGUGUGAAUUGUCCACAGUUGUGAAGAGGUAUUUUGACCAUGGACCCUGAGUACAGCCUCCAGGAUGUGGUACGGUGUCAUCUCUGUGAGACCCCGGUCCCCCCUCAACACUGUGUCAUUUGUAACAUACAUCUGUGUAAAGACUGUGAGGGGAAGCAUCUCUCUGAUAAAUCCAUUAAACACAAAGUGGUGCCAUUCAAAUAUCGGGGAUCUUUUCCUAAAUGUCAAAAACAUUCCACAAAAAUAUGUGACAAUUACUGUGAACAAUGCAACAUUCCUAUUUGUGAAUUCUGCAUUUCCUCUAAGGAACACCAAACUCAUGAUGUGGAAGAUAUAUUAAAAAGUUUAGAAAACAAAACACAAUUCUUACAAAAAGAUUUAAAAGAUUUUGAAAAAUUUAUUAAUCCUAAAUAUCAAGAGAUGUUAUCUAGCAUUUCAGAACAAAAGGCAGAUCUGAAUGAAAACUCCCAGAAAUUGACAACAGCAAUCAACAAACAUGGAGAAGAUUUGCACAGAGAAAUAGACACCAUUAUACAGAAACUGAAAUCUGAUCUUGAUGAAAUGGACUCCAAACACCUGGCUGUCCUAAAUAAGCAGGAAGAUGAAAUCAAACGCACCAUUACUGAAAUCACACAGAGCAUUGCUGAUUUGAAAAAGUUACUAGACUCCAAUAAUGUCAGCCCUGUCUCUGCCUACAAAUCCAGGAAUGCUGAAUUCAGAAGAUUGCCUCCUAAACUCACAGUUUCCUUACCAAGUUUUACCCCUCAGAGGAUCAACAAAGAACAGCUUUAUCAACAGUUUGGUUCUCUGUCAGCCUCAUCUAUCAAAACAGAAGAACAUGGCUACACAAUAGAUUCUCCCCCGGACAGACCGCUCAUUGAUGUACCACGGAUCAUCACACAGAUAAAGACUGGGUAUGAAAGAUUAUACAGUGUGUCCUGUUUGAAUGGUGAAGAUAUCUGGAUGUUUGGCUGGGACAACAAGAUUAGACUCUACAACCUGCAGGGGGAGCUAUUGAAGUCAGUCCAAACCAAGUCAGGGAAAGUUGCACAGGACAUAGCAGUGACAAGGAGCGGGGAUCUAGUUUAUACUGAUUACACAGAUAGAAGUGUGAACAUAGCGAAGAAUACAAAUACACAGACAGUGUUGAGACUACAGGGAUGGAGACCUCGCAAUGUCAGUUGUACCUCCUCUGGUGACCUCCUGGUUGUCAUGGACAGUGAUGAUCAACAAACAAAAGUUGUGCAUUACUCUGGGUCCACAGAGAAACAAAGUAUUCAGUACGAUGACAAAGGACAACCCCUCUUUUCAUAUGGUUUCAAUAAAUACAUCAGUGAGAAUAGGAACCUAGAUAUCUGUGUGUCAGACAAUAGAGCCCGUGCAGUAGUGGUGGUCAAUCAGGCCGGUAAACUCCGGUUUACCUACACUGGUCCUCCCUCAACUACCAAGAUAGCAUUUAGUCCACACGGCAUCACAACAGACAGCCAGGGUCGGAUCCUGACAGCAGACUUUAACAAUGACUGUAUCUACAUCCUGGAUCAGGACGGACAGUUCCUCCGCUGCAUUGACAACUGUUACUUACAGGAUCCAUUUGGUUUAUGUGUGGACACCAGAGACAACCUCUUUGUGGCUGAGUACAGCACAGGUAAAGUGAAGAAAAUACAAUAUUAUGUGUAAAUUAACUGUAUGUGUUAAAACACACACAUACAUUAUGUUCAAUUGUACUGCAUGUGUACAAUAUUAUAGACUAUAUGUAUACACUUAUUUUUUUUUAUAUAUAAAACAUCAUGUUUAUUAUGUAAUUGUAAUCGGUACACCAUAACUGGAUUAUAUUUGUACAUUCAUUGAUUUUAUAAAUUAAACUGUGUUCUACAUCA